GCGCUGAUUGACCGCCAACAUGUCGCACACCGUCAUCACCACAACGACAACAAACACCAGGACGUCCGGGGACGGGGUCCUGAACGUGGGCUACUGCUUCACCAUCCCGGGACUGCUGAAGAUCGGACAGAUGGUUGCCCUGCUCAUCGCCUUCCUGUGCGUCUACUGUGCUCGCGGUUGGCCCAGCUGGGCGGCCUUCCAGUACUUCGAGGUGGUGACGCUGUGGUUCCUCAUCGCCCUCGUCAUCUUCUUCCUCAUGCACCUGUUCAGGCUGCAGGGAAAGAUGCCCUGCAUCAACUGGCCGCUGACGGAGUUCUUUCACUACUCCGUCGGGACCGUCCUCAUUUUCAUCGCCUCCAUCGUCGCCGCUGUGAAGGCCGGAGGAGUUUCGGCGCUGGUGGCCGCUUCGGUGCUCGGGUUCAUAGCAACAUUCCUGAUGGCCGUCAGUUUGUGGACGUCUUACAGUGUGACCUGUGGCGCUCAUCAGACAGGUGCAGCAGUGUAAUAAGCUAAAGGUCACGAAGGUGGUCAAUUUUCUCCCUAGCAACCACCUGGAUAAUUAACCUGAUUGGAUAAUAAUUCAUACUGCAGAGGUAAUGUAACAGCUGACCCAGGACCAGCCAUUGUUUUCUGAAACAUCAGUAUCUCUGAUCAUCACAGUAAAAACGUGACAGGGCAGUAGUUACAGUAUCUCUCAGAUGUCCAGAAAUUUUUUUUUCCAUCAAACCUCUAAAGUCACAUUUUCAUGUUAAAGGUGCUCAGCGUCACAUUUUCAUCAUCAGUGUGUCCGUAACACAUCUGAUGGAUUCAGUAUCAGCGAACGACACUGCGCUGCAAACAAUCAGUCACGUGUUUUUUCGAGAAGCCGAAGUUGUGUUUCCUCUGAAGGAACAGCGCCCUCCUCCUGUUGUGUGCCAUAAAACCAUCCAGACGAUCACAAGUCUGAUGCAGCCGCAGUCAUUCGUCUGUGUCCUCGGUGGUUUACGGUAGCUAGCUCGAUUUGUUCGGUUUGUUCUCAAACACCUCAUCCAUUCCAACUUUUUUCAUUGCUCCAGCUCAGUAAAAGCAGUCUGGACCAUGUUUUCAACUUUAAGAUUACUUUAAAAUGCCCCGCAAGGAAACGAUGCAUAGGCUAGUAUAGCCCUCUCUGCCUGCUAUGCUAAUAUUUGCUAGCACACUUAAAUAUUAGUGUCCAAAUCGUUUCCUCAUUCUAGUGUGCUAACAAAUAUUACCGAGCCAAUAUUUCACAGAAAAUAUCUUGCAUGCUAAUGACUUUGUUAGCAUGCUAAAACAUUACUCAGGGGCUACUACUUACGUGUGCUAAAAAACAAUAGCAUGCCAAAAUUUGUGUGAAUUGAACUGGAAACAUUAGCAUGCUAACAACGCAAGCACAAAAACCAAGAAAAACUGCUGUGUCUCCAUUAAUACAAAAGAAGUCUGGUGAUAGGAUGUAUUUUUGUUGUUGUCAACAAAUCCCAUGUGCAGGUAGCAGGUGUGACCGGAAUACUACAGCACCAAAUGUGGAUUAAUCCGCCACUGAAAAUAGUCCCCGACAAAUGCUUCAUUUCCUGCUGUUUGCUUGAUAAACUUUACGAGCAGCUGUUUGAGGAAAUUACUGAACCUUUUUAAAAACUUAAUCUGAGGUGUUUUUAAAGCUUUACAUCAGUAGGAACCAAUGAGCUUGGAGCUGAGAGCCACAGACAGGAAGUCAGACAUGUUGUUGGUUUAAUUCUGCACAAGAGAUUUGUUAACAAGAAGAAAAACUUAGAAUAAGUGAUAUCCUACAAACAGUAAUGUAACUACUGUGUUGAAAAGAGGAAGCGUUGAAUAAUUUCUCAUGUUAAUGGUAAAAUUGCCGUUAAAUUUGACAAACAUGAACCAAGUGGGGCACAAACUCCCAUGAAGCGUCACAUUAACCACGAACACGUAUCGGACGACUGUUCUUCUCGCCGCCGGAGGCGACUGGCUUUGGUGCUCUUCAAAAACAAACUGUUCACCAUUUGAAUUUGGAUUCAGUCUGGAUUUCAUGCAGAGAAAGCACAUCAGGAACAGCUGCAUGACGCCAAGAAGGACAGCAGAGUCCACGUUUAACCAAAAGGUGAUGAUCUCCGAGUCUGGAGGGGCCUCGUACGGUCCAGGAUCGCCGGUCUGGAAAUCUGCUCGCACACACACACACAGAUAUUAUUAAUAAAGAUUAAUAAAGGGUAGAAUAAAACCAAAAUGUUUUUACGAUAAUAAAUCGUACAUGUGGACUAAAAACACUCAGAUGAAUAAAACAUGGCUAUAAAUUAUUAAACACACAUGAUUUAAUAAAUGAUUUUUAAAGGCUACAUACAGGUUAAUAAACUGUAUCCAUGAAAAAACAAUAAAACCUAUGCAUGCAUUUCUAAAACAUGCGUACAGAUUAAUGUACUUUCAACAUAAUUAAAAUUGCUCAGUAAACACCGUGCAGAUAAAAACUCAAGCAUGAAUAAAUUUGAGGUCAUGAGUGUGCAUCUGGCUUUCAGAUUGAAAAUGUUGAUCUGAAAACGCUUUGAAAUAAUGCAGCAUUAACCGUCACAGCAGAUAAAUGAAGGCACAGACUAACAACUGGCCUCAGAAAAACAGUGAACAUGCGACAAAUAUCCAGUUAGUUGCACUUAAAGGAUAACUUUGGUUUUUUACAACCUGGACCUUAUUUGUAGCAUUAAAUACGACCAUUUACUCCCCCAGACAA